CCACCACCACCAGUUGCAAGCUUAACGUUCGUGAGAGCAGUUGUUGGAGCGCUUGAUCCUUUUGCCUGUAUUCAAGUUGCGCACGUUGCAACUAAACGUUUAAAAGACGAAUUGCUCGUUGAAAUUCCGGCCCGUGUAUACGAAUAAACGAUUACGAUGAUCGUAUAAUGUUUCGAAAGCGUUAACAAAGUGGAUUUUAAACUAUAUGUAUGUAUAUUCUUGGUAAUUUGCUUAUAACUCGUAUGCGUUUAUUUGGAAAGCGGACAAACGGAAGAGAUGAAAUAAUCUAACAGCGCGUAGAAAUAAAAUUAACAACGGAGAAGACGUUUUUACCUGUGGAUCCGCUGAAGCGUGAUGCAAGACGAAAGUAACGAAUGGAACUUAGGCUUUACGUGAUGCAACCAGUCAGGAAACGAACGAACCGUUCGUUUCUAAAAGAGAAAAUAAUGAAAGAUUUAGAGAAAUCCGAGGGAUGGUCAAGGGUGGUAAACGAGGCUGGAGUGGAAGAAUUGGAAGAAUUACGAGAUAAAUACGAGGGCAAGUUGACAACAUCUCUGUAUGCCGGUACAUUGCUCGUCGCGGUGGUUGCUUUGACUGUCGCCCUAGGAGUCGUUUGUCUGAGCAAUCGGGAAGAUCCGAGUAAAGCGAUCAUUCCUGGAACAAAUUUAACGGUAAUGCUGAUCUGGUCAUUGGGUUCGCUGUUCGUAACACAAUUGCCGUCGACUUCAACGUCGGCUAGAACUAGGUCUCUCCUAGGUCUCGUUUCUUCGAUCGUGUUAGGUAUUGGAAUUUUAAUCAUUCGUGGCUCGGUACCCUUGUUUCUGCUUGUUCUCACGAUUAUCGCUGUAUUACCGAGAGAUGCUCGACAAACGCCCACGAUUCUUGCCAUCCUUCUGAUAGUCGUUCACUUGGCUAGACAAUUUUCCUUUCUCGACUAUUCUAGCUACCAACGCAUAGCUCAGACGUGCAGCGAGCUCGUUUUCCUCUUAGCUGCAGUUCUCGCAGGAUCGUACUACAGCGUAUUAACCGGCAAGGCGCACACUCGCACCUUCUCCGGAACGAAAACUGUCAUCGAAUCCAGAAUCAAAUUAGAAUGCGAAAGGGAACAACAGGAACAAUUGUUGUUGAGCGUUAUUCCAGCGUAUAUCGCCGCCGAGGUGAAAAGAAGUAUUAUGCUGAAAAUGGCAGACGCCUGUCAGGAAGCUAGCAAACAUAAACAGACGAGAUUUCACGAAAUGUAUGUUCAGCGACACAAUAACGUUAGUAUACUCUACGCGGACAUAGUGAAUUUUACACCGCUCUCGGAGCAACUGUCGGCUUCUGACCUAGUGAAAACGUUGAAUGAAUUAUUCGGAAGGUUCGAUCAAAUUGCUCAGGAUAAUCAAUGUAUGAGAAUCAAGAUUCUGGGUGACUGUUACUAUUGCGUUUCCGGAUUACCGAUAUCUCGUCCGAAUCACGCGUACAAUUGCGUAAACAUGGGAUUGCAAAUGAUCGAAGCGAUUAGAUUUGUUCGCGAAGCGACCGGAUUCAAUGUAGACAUGAGAAUUGGUAUCCAUACCGGAAAUGUUCUCUGCGGUGUACUCGGUCUACGGAAAUGGCAAUUCGAUGUAUGGAGCGACGACGUUACGCUAGCAAAUCACAUGGAAAGCGGAGGAGUACCCGGGAGGGUACACAUUACCAAAGACACUCUGCUUCAACUGGGAAACCGUUUCGAAGUGGAACCCGGCGACGGAGGAUCGAGAGAAAGUUACCUUGCUCGACACAACGUCGAAACUUUCUUGAUAGUUCCGCCAGAGAAAAGCAGCGGAGAAAAUUGCAAGGAUGAUAACGAUCAACGUGCACGCGGCGGCCCUGGUUCCUCGGUACCGUCAAGAUCGAGGCCGAGUAGUAAAAUGACCAAGUACGUUGAAUGUUGGGGCGCGGAUAAGCCUUUUGCCAAUAUCGCGGAAGCUACGCUUGCAAAAAAUAUUGGUUUAACGAGCGUUGCUAUGAUCGAGUCUAAUCUUUUGGCAAACAAUAAUUUUGGCUGUUUCACCGAUAUAAACUGUGCGAAUGAAUUCAGACGGUGGUGGCGCGGUGGUAACGAGGGCAUGUCGUCCCUUACUUAUCGGUUCAACGAUCGAAACAAAGAACUUUUAUACCGAGAAGAAAUCGACGAACAGUAUCCUUGGUAUCUUCUCGCCUCGAGUACAAUUUACCUUAUGAUAUUUGUUAUUCAAAUUAUUCAUUUACCGAGAAGUAUCAUGGUUUACAGCUGUUUUACGACUGGUAUCGUGUCUUUCCUCGCGUGCUCCAUAUUUUCUUGGCCGAGCAAAAGCGACUGUGCUCGUCGUCGUCGUCGUCGUCGUCGUCGCCGAUUAGCUUCGGGCAGAGGUAUCGGAUCAACGGUGUACUUGGUUACGGUGUUUGUGGCAACCGUUUCUUCCGUUUUUAGUCUAAUCAAUGUCGAUCGGAUGAAUGGGCAGGAAAUCGCACCGAUGUACGUAAAUUCAGCGGUAAUGUGCUUGGUCGUAGGAUGGACGCAUUUACGCGUCGACUUUCUGUUGAAAUUGUGCGCGAUGUUUGUCUCGGUAAUCACGGUGAUAGUUGCGAUCUCGCAAACAUCAGCAGUACGGGUCUAUUAUACGGUCGGGCUCGAAGAGAUCGAACCUUAUUAUAAUAUUCAUUAUCUCCUUCAAAUCGGAUAUUUGCUCUCACUUGUCUGCCUUGUGCUUCACGUGCUGGAUAGACAAGUAGAAUACACGUCGAGAACCGAUUUUCUCUGGCAAAGCAAACUAAAGAUAGAACAAGACGAGGUAGAAACGAUGAGAGGUAUCAACAAGAUCCUUCUCGAGAAUAUAUUGCCAGCUCACGUGGCAGAACAUUUCUUAACGAACGCUAGAGCUACUCAGGAUCUUUAUCACGAACGAUACAACAGUAUCGCUGUAAUGUUUGCGUCUAUCCCAAAUUACAAAGAGUUUUACGACGAAACGGACAUAAACAAACAAGGAUUGGAGUGUUUGAGACUUUUGAACGAGAUUAUAUGCGACUUUGACAAGCUACUGCUGAAACCAAAAUUUUCCGGGAUCGAAAAAAUCAAAACCAUCGGUAGCACUUAUAUGCUUGCUUCCGGUCUCAGUCCUGGAAAAGAAGACACCGACCGAAAGGACCCGACCAAACAACAAGAUCAUAAUAUAAUCAUUCUUGUUGAAUUUGCUCUCGCACUGAUGACGAUUCUAGAUCAAAUCAACAAAGAAUCCUUUCAAAGAUUCAAAUUGAGAAUAGGUUUAAAUCACGGUCCCGUGAUAGCGGGUGUGAUUGGAGCGCAAAAGCCUCAAUACGACAUUUGGGGCAACACCGUAAACGUGGCAUCGAGAAUGGACAGCUGCGGAGAAAUGGGAAAGGUUCAAGUUACCGAGGACACGGGGAAAAUUUUGAUCGCUGCUGGUUACGAAUUGACCUGUCGUGGAGCUACUUACGUGAAAGGAAAGGGGACUUUGACCACCUACUUUGUGAAAACUCCGUUUGAUGGGAAAGAAGAAAAUUAUUAACGGAAAAUUGCUUUUCAAUUCGAUCGAACGGACGAAACUACAUAUGCGUAUGUAUAUAGUAGAGACUGUGAGACGAUUUUCAAAUUGAUUAUAAUAUCACUACAUACGCGUACGAGUAUAUGCGAGAGUAUAUAUGUAUGUAGAAUUGGAAGGAAAUGAAAUGAGAAUUAAGCGUAA